AUAAUGAUUGAUUGAAUAGAGGAGACCUGGGACAGUUGCAACAUUUUUUGCUAUAAUGGCUCUUUUGCUUAGCAACCGUUUGAAUUUAAGGGAUGAUAUUUGAAUAAAAUAAACUUACAUCUGUCAGCUAUUCAUCAAUAAAAUUUAAGGAUGAUUACCUUAAGUACAUUAUUCACAGUUGGCCUUUGAAUGUAAGAUGCCAACAGCAACUGUCCCCGUAAAGACACCCAUGAUAAAGACUGAUAUGCUCGGAUAUAAAUAACAAUAAUCGGGUUAAAUAACUUCACAUGGUGUGUCUGGUGUGUUUCCAGCAUUCGUAGUGUUGAUCAGCAGAUAUAUAGUCCGCCAAGACGUUGAGGUUGCUUAGCAACCAGAGACUCUGUCCAUGCAAGUGAACGGAGCGUUCCCUCUUCGUCAUAACUAUCAAACCAAACAUCCUUCACAUUCACCGAGCGAACAUUAUGAAAGUAAAAUGCACAUUUCUCGUUAAAAAUGUUUCCAUAAAAGCAUUUAAUGGCGUAACUAUGUUACUAUUUCCACACAGAAUAAAGAAAGAUGUCGGCCGUAUGCUUCUGUCCAAGCUCACUACUCUCUGCCAGUGACGUCGGGUCAAGCUCAACGCUGAUUGGGCAACGCGGCUAAUCAAUUCAAGAUCGGAGAGCGGACGCAAUCGGAAAUGUUCGGAAAUGGCAUCGACCGUUUCAAAUGGCAACGACCGUUUACGAGACGGAAAGUCGCGUCGGCGACCGCACAUGAGAAAAUGAGCUGAUGGUGUGUUCCGGAUGCAUCGGACACCAUCCGUCAUUUCCUGUCUUGCAUUCAAAACGGUCGGAGUUCCCGGGAGGUUCGGAGUCGGACAUUAAGCUCGAAGGAAAGUGCUUUGAACACUCUUCCGAAACUCGGAGCUGAUUUGAAUGCGGCAAUGCUUUAACAAAAGAAGCUCCACGGAAUAUUUGUUUCCGAGGCGUUUUGAACACACAGUUAUUUCCUGGAGAGAACUCAUCAUGGCUCGCAAACGAGCGAAGGAGGGCAGUUGCUCAGUGUUUGGAUGUACGAAUGAGCACAAAAGUAUAUUUUUAGUUCCUUCAUCCGAGCCUCUAAAGAACCAGUGGGUUGAUUUUAUUUUCUCUGGAAAUGCUGCGCGAGUCUGCGCCAAACAUUUCACCGAAGACUGCUUCCUCAACUUGGGCCAAUACAGAACUGGACUUGCUCAACGUCUGAGAAUUGAUUCUAGAUCAGUACCAACUCUCCUCGGCUCAGCUACAAACCGCAGACAAGCCAGCUCAUCAAGUGCUUCCAUUCAGCAGCUUCUCUCAAGGGAUGUUGCCUGCCAGACAGACCACCUGGAAACGCCUACUGUAGGCACACAGCUAUCCUUAAAGACUUUGCAGUCCCACUUUAAAAGUGAAGAAUACUGCGAUGCCUUUGGAGACCGUAGCACUGAGCGCAACUCCACCUCAGAGAUUCUGGGUGUGGACGCCCCUGGCUCCUCCCACAUGUCCAGUCACAGCAGGGAGCUGAAGAUCCUGAGCGUCCACGGAAAAGGGGAGGGCCCACUGGCGGGGGACGGCCAUGACACCCUCUUCACCGCGUCAGAAGUGGAGGCCCAGAACUCGCUGUCUGCGGACCACAGCGCGGCCAAGAGCCUGGAGCGCGGCGAGCGGCUGGUCUGCCACGAGGAGCUGAGUGUGCAGCAGCAGAUCCCAGACACCAUUUCAAUCAAGGUUGAAGUGGAUAUUGGUGGAGGCAUGCCCGCUGGAGAAGACGCCCAAGACAUUGGAGGCUGCAGCACGCAGCGCGGCGCCACCUCAGAGAGUCUGCGUGUGGACGCCCCUGGCUCCUCCCACAUGGCCAGUCACAACGGGGAGCUGCGGAUCCUGAGCGUCUAUGGAAAAGGAGAGGGCCCACUGGCGGUGGACGGCCAUGACACCCUCUUUGCUGCGUCGGAACCGGAGGCCUUGAGCUCGCUGUCCGCUGACCACAGCGUGGCCAAGAGCCUGAACUGCAGCGUGCGGCUGGUCCAUCUUGAGGAGCUGACUGGGCAUCAGGGCGGCCGCAAGGGCCGGCCAUGUGUCUUGGGUGGCAAGGUUUUACCAAACGAUGCCGAUAUGAUCGUCCACAUGAGUACUCACACCGGGGAGAAGCCCUACAGGUGCGACCAAUGCAAGAAGAGCUUUGGACGGAAAGGCCACCUGAAGGUGCACAUCAGGACUCACACCGGCGAGAAGCCCUACAAGUGUGACCACUGCGUGAAGCGCUUCGCAGAGCGCGCCAGCUUGAAGAACCACAUAAGGACUCACACCGGCGAGAAGCCCUACAAGUGUGACCAAUGCGUGAAGUGCUUCACAGAUGGCUCCAACUUGAAGAGCCACAUAAGGACUCACACCGGCGAGAAGCCUUACAGGUGUGACCAAUGCAAGAAGAGCUUUGGACUGAAAAGCACCCUGAGGCAUCACAUCAAGACUCACACCGGCGAGAAGCCCUACAGGUGUGACCAAUGCACAAUGUGCUUCACAGGGUGCUCCAACCUGAAGACCCACAUGAAGACUCACACCGGCGAGAAGCCCUACAGGUGUGACCAAUGCAAGAAGAGCUUCGGACGGAAAGGCUACCUGCAGCUCCACAUGAAGACUAACACCGGCGAGAAGCCCUACAGGUGUGACCAAUGCAAGAAGAGCUUCGGACGGAAAGGCUACCUGCAGCUCCACAUGAAGACUAACACCGGCGAGAAGCCCUACAGCUGUGACCAAUGCAAGAAGAGCUUCACAAAGCGCUCCAGCCUGAAGAUCCACACGAGGACUCACCCCUUGGCGCCCUUUAUUCCCAUUAAUCAUACAGGAGAAUAUGUCCCGACCGCCCAUGAGAAAAUGAGCUACAACCGUGUGAGCAUCCGCAAAGUUCUUUCCUGGAGAGACAUCAUGGCUUGCAAACGAGCGAAGCACGGCAGUUGCUCAGUGUUUGGAUGUACAAAUGAAUACAAAAGUAUGCUUUUUGUUCCUUCAUCCGAGCCUCUGAAGAACCAGUGGGUUAAUUUUAUUUUCUCUGGAAAUGAUCCGCCAGUCUGCGCCAAACAUUUCACUGACGACUGCUUCCUCAACUUGGGCCAAUACAGAUCUGGACUUGCUCAAUGUCUUAACAUCAAGUCUGGAUCAGUACCAACUCUCCGGGGCUCAGCUACAAACCUCGGAAAAGUUAGUCAACCAACUCCCAGCUCAUCAAGUGCUUCCAUUCGGCAGCUUCCCUCAAGGGAUGUUGCCUGCCAGACAGACCACCUGGAAACACAUACUGUAGGCACACAGCUAUCCUUAAAGACUUUGCAGCCCCACUUUACAAUUGAAGAAGACGGCGAUGCUUUUAGAGACAGUAGCACGCAGCGCGGCGCCACCUCAGAGAGUCUGGGUGUGGACGCCCCUGGCUCCUCCCACAUGUCCAGUCACUGCAAGGAGCUGAAGUUCCUGAGCGUCCACGGAAAAGUGGAGGGCCCACACGGCCAUGACACCCUCUUCACCGCGUCGGAAGUGGAGCCCCUGAACUCGCUGUCUGCGGACCACAGCGCGGCCAAGAGCCUGGAGCGCGGCGAGUGGCUGGACUGCCGCGAGGAGCUGAGUGUGCAGCAGACCCCAGACACCAAUUCAAUCGAGGUUGAAGAGGAUAUUGGUGGAAGCAGUCCUUCUGUAGAAGACGUCAAUGACAUCAGAGACUGCAGCACGCAGCAUGGCGCCACCUCGGAGAGUCUGCGUGUGGACGCCCCGGGCUCCUCCCACAUGUCAAGUCACAACGGGGAGCUGCGGAUCCUGGGCGUCUACGGACAAGGGGAGGGCCCACUGGCGGUGGACGGCCAUGACACCCUCGUUGCCGCGUCAGAACUGGAGGCCUUGAGCUCGCUGUCCGCUGACCACAGCGUGGCCAAGAGCCUGAACUGCAGCGUGAGGCUCGCCCGCCUUGAGGAGCUGACUGAGCAUCAGGGCGGACGCAAGGGCCGGCCCGGUGUCUUGUGUGGCAAGGUUAUUCCCAACAAGGCCAAUCAGAUCCGCGUCCGCAUCCACGAGAAGCCGUACGGGUGCGACCAAUGCAUGAAGCGCUUCAGUCGGAAAGGCUACCUGAACCGCCACGUGAUGACUCACUACAGGGAGAAGCCCUACAUGUGUGACCAAUGCGGUAAGCGCUGCCUAUGGCAAUGCGACCUGAUCGUCCACAUGAGGACUCACUCAGGCGAGAAACCCCACCAGUGUGACAAAUGCAUGAAGUGCUUCAGUCAGAAAGGCCAGCUGAAUAGCCACAUGAGGACUCACUCCGGGGAGAAGCCCUACAAGUGUGACCAAUGCACGAUGAGCUUCAGUCUGAAUGGCACCCUGAAGACCCACAUGACGAUUCAUUCCGGGGAGAAGCCCUACAAGUGCGUCCAAUGCACGAAGAGCUUCAGCACGGGCCCCAAGCUGAAGAUCCAUAUGAGGACUCACUCCAGGGAGAAGCCCUACAAGUGCGACCAAUGCACAAAGCGCUUCAGUCAGAACUCCACCCUGAAGAUCCACAUGAGGACUCACACCGGCGAGAAGCCCUACAAGUGUGACCAAUGCAUGAAGAGCUUCAGAAACAGCCACAGGUGGAAGAUCCACAUGAGGACUCACACCGGCGAGAAGCCCUACAGUUGUGACCAAUGCACGAUGUGCUUCGUAGAGAGCUCCGGGCUGAAGAUCCACAUGAGGACUCACACCGGCGAGAAGCCCUACAAGUGUGACCAAUGCAUGAAGAGCUUCAGAAACAGCAACAGGUGGAAGAUCCACAUGAGGACUCACACCGGCGAGAAGCCCUACAGUUGUGACCAAUGCACGAUGUGCUUCGUAGAGAGCUCCGGGCUGAAGAUCCACAUGAGGACUCACACCGGCGAGAAGCCUUACAAGUGUGACCAAUGCACGAUGAGCUUCAGUCUGAAUGGCACCCUGAAGACCCACAUGACGAUUCACUCCGGGGAGAAGCCCUACAAGUGCGUCCAAUGCACGAAGAGCUUCAGUACGGGCCCCAAGCUGAAGAUCCAUAUGAGGACUCACUCCAGGGAGAAGCCCUAAAAGUGCGACCAAUGCACAAAGCGCUUCAGUCAGAACUCCACCCUGAAGAUCCACAUGAGGACUCACACCGGCGAGAAGCCCUACAAGUGUGACCAAUGCAUGAAGAGCUUCAGAAACAGCAACAGGUGGAAGAUCCACAUGAGGACUCACACCGGCGAGAAGCCCUACAGUUGUGACCAAUGCACGAUGUGCUUCGUAGAGAGCUCCGGGCUGAAGAUCCACAUGAGGACUCAGACCGGCGAGAAGCCCUACAGUUGUGACCAAUGCACGAUGUGCUUCGUAGAGAGCACCGGGCUGAAGAUCCACAUGAGGACUCACACCGGCGAGAAGCCUUACAGGUGUGACCAAUGCAAGAUGCGCUUCAGUUACCGCACCUCCCUUAAGACCCACAUGAGGACUCAAACCGCACACAGAACGAGUGGGUUAAUUUUGAUUUUCUCUGGAAAUGAUCCGCCAGUCUGCGCCAAACAUUUCACCGACGACUGCUUCCUCAACUUGGGCCAAUACAGAGCUGGACUUGCUCAACGUCUGAAAAUCAAGUCUGGAUCAGUACCAACUCUCCAUGGCUCAGCUACAAACCUCGGACAAAAGACUGCGAUGCCUUUGGAGACCGUAGCAUGCAGCGCGGCGCCACCCCAGCGUCUGGGUGUGGACGCACCUGGCUCCUCCCACAUGUCUAGUGGCAGCGAGGAAAUGAAGAUCCUGAUCGUCCAUGGAAAAGGGGAGGGACCACUGGCGGUGGACGGCCAUGACACCCUCUUCACCGCGUCAGAAGUGGAGGCCCAGAACUCGCUGUCUGCGGACCACAGCGCGGCCAAGAGCCUGGAGCGCGGCGAGCGGCUGGUCCGCCACGAGGAGCUGAGUGUGCAGCAGGAGACCCCAGACACCAUUUCAAUCAAGCUUGAAGAGGAUGUUGAUGGAGGUAUGCCCGCUGUAGAAUACUGCGCUGCCUUUAGAGACCGUAGCACGCAGCGCGGCGCCAGCUCGGAGAGUCUGGGUGUGGACGACCCUGGCUCCUCCCACCUGGCCAGUCACAGGGAGGAGCUGAAGAUUGUGAUUGUCCACGAAAAACGGGAGGGCCCUCUGGCGACGGACGGCCACGAGGAGCUGAGUGUGCAGCAGCAGACCCCAGACACCAUUUCAAUCAAGGUUGAAGAUGAGGUUGGUGGAGGCAUGCCCGCUGUAGAAUACUGCGGCGCAUCCUCAGAAAGUCUGGGUGUGGACGCCCCUGGCUCCUCCCACAUGGCCAGUCACACCAUUUCAAUCAAGGUUGAAGAGGAUAUCUGUGGAGACAUGCCCGCUCUAGAAGACGGCAAUGACAUCAGAGACUGCAGCACGCAGCGCGGCGCCACCUCGGAGAGUCUGCGUGUGGACGCCCCUCACUCCUCCACCAUGUCAAGUCACAACAGGGAUCUGAAACUGAGCGUCUACGGACAAGGGGAGGGCCCUCUGGCGGAGGACGGUCAUGACACCCUCCACGCUGCGUCACAACUGGAGGCCUUGAGCUCGCUGUCCGCUGACCACAGCGUGGCCAAGAGCCUGAACUGCAGCGUGCAGCUCGUCCCCCUUGAGGAGCUGACUGGGCAUCAGGGCGGCCGCAAGGGCCGGCCCGGUGUCUUGGGUGGCAAGGUUAUUCCGAACAAGGCCAAUCAGAUCCACACCGUCGAGAAGCCGUACCGGUGCGAACAAUGCAUGAAGCGCUUCAGUCGGAAAGGCUACCUGAACCGACACGUGAUGACUCACUCCGGGGAGAAGCCCUACAAGUGUGACCAAUGCAUGAUGCGCUUCCAACGGCAAUGCGACCUGACGAUCCACAUGAGGACUCACUCCGGCGAGAAGCCCUACAGGUGUGACCAAUGCACGAAGCGCUUCAGUCAGAAAGGCAGCCUGAAGCUCCACAUGAGAACUCACUCCGGGGAGAAGCCCUACAGGUGUUACCAAUGCACGAUGAGUUUCAGUCUGAAUGGCACCCUGAAGACCCACAUGAGGACUCAUUCAUUGGAGAAGCCCUACAGAUGUGACCAAUGCACGAUGAGCUUCAGUCUGAAAGACACCCUGAAGAUCCACAUGAGGAUUCACUCAAGGGAGAAGCCCUACAAGUGUAACCAAUGCGUGAAGCGCUAUAUUCAUUUUUCCGCCCUGAAGACCCACAUGAGGACUCACACCGGGGAGAAGCCCUACAAGUGUGACCAAUGCACGAAGCGCUUCGGUCUGAAAGGCACCCUGAAGACCCACAUGAGGACUCACUCCGGGGAGAUGCCCUACAAGUGUAAACGAUGCAAGAAGCGCUUUGGAGAGAGCUCCAAGCUGAAGCUCCACAUGAGGAAUCUCUCCGGCGCAAAGCCCUACAUGUGUGCCCAAUGCACGGAGACCUUCCGUCCGAGCUCCAAACUCAAGAUCCACAUGAGGACUCACACCGGCGAGAAGCCGUACGGGUGCGACCAAUACAUGAAGAGCUCAGUGGCGGAGCAAGAACAUUUUGAAUGGGAUGGCCAGGAAGACUGCGAUGCCUUUGGGGACCGCAGUCCACAGCGUGGCGCCGCCUCGGCGAUUCUGGGUGUGGACGCCCCAGGCUCCUCCCACAUGUCCAUCCACAGCGAGGAACUGAAGAUCCUGAGCGUCCACGGAAAAGGGGAGGGCCCACUGGCGGUGGACGGCCAUGACACCCUCUCCACCGCGUCCGAAGUGGAGGCCCUGAACUCGCUGUCUGCGGACCACAGUGCGGCCAAGAGCCUGGAGCGCGGCGAGCGGCUGGUCUGCCACGAGGAGCUGAGUGUGCAGCAGACCCCAGACACCAUUUCAAUCAAGGUUGAAGAGGAUAUUGGGGGAAGCAUGCACGCUGGAGAAGACGUCAAUGACAUCAGAGACUGCAGCACGCAGCGCGGCGCCACCUCGGAGAGUCUGCGUGUGGACGCCCCUGGCUCCUCCCACAUGUCAAGUCACAGCGGGGAGCUGCGCAUCCUGAGCGUCUACGGACAAGGGGAGGGCCCACUGGCAGUGGACGUCCAUAACACCCUCUUUGCCGCGUCAGAACUGGAGGCCUUGAGCUCGCUGUCCGCAGACCACAGCGUGGCGAAGAGCCUGAACUGCAGCGUGCGGCUGGUCCGCCUUGAGGAGCUGACUGGGCAUCAGGGCGGCCGCAAGGGCCGGCCCGGUGUCUGUGGCAAGGUUAUUCCCAACGAUGCCAAUAUGAUCGUCCACAUGAGGACCCACAACGACGAGAAGCCGUACCGGUGCGACCAAUGCAUGAAUCGCUUCCAAUGGCAAAGCGACCUGAAGAUCCACAUGAGGACUCACUCCGGGGAGAAGCCCUACAAGUGCGACCAAUGCACGAAGCGCUUCAGUCGGAAAAGCCACCUUAAGAUCCACAUGAGGACUCACACCGGCGAGAAGCCCUACAGGUGUGGCCAAUGCAUUAAGCGCUUCGGAGAGAGCUCCAAGCUGAAGCUCCACAUGAGGACUCACUCUGGCGAGAAGCCCUACAGGUGUGCCCAAUGCACGAAGCGCUUCAGUCAGAGCUCUGCCCUGAAGACCCACAUGAGGACUCACACAAGCGAGAAGCCGUACAGGUGUGACCAAUGCACGAUGCGCUUCAGUCGUGUCUUCACCCUGAAGAUCCACAUGAGGACUCACUCCGGCGAGAAGCCCUACAAGUGUGACCAAUGCAGGAUGCGCUUCAGUCGGAAAGGCUCUCUGAUGAUCCACAUGAGGACUCACUCCGGGGAGAAGCCCUACAAGUGUGACCAAUGCACGAUGCGCUUCAGUCAUGGCUCCGCCCUGAAGAUUCACGUGAGGACUCACUCUGGUUAGAAGUGCACAUGCUCAUGCACACGGACAAUGGGGUGCUUUAACAUGGGGUACAAGAUGCUUUGACACCUCUAUCCUGUAUUUGUUGAACAUUGCAGACUAAACACUUUCCAACUUUUGAUUCGCUUUCUGUUUUUAUUGUUAAUAAUUUAAAGGCAAUAAACAUGUAUUGCAGUGUUAAGGAAUUCAUGUUUUUUCAUUCAGGUAUGUAAAUCAACAUGUAUAAAUUGCUGUCAGUCAAUUAAUGGGGAGAUAAUCGAUAAUCAAAUCGAAUUGAAUUCUAAUCGGACUGAAAAAAUGAAUCGUUAGAUUAAUCGAUGCAUCUAAAAAAUAAUUGCUAGAUUAAUCGUUUAAAAAAUAAUCGUUUAUCCCAGCCCUACUCAUGACGUAAGACGUCAGGGCCACCGGUCUGUAGUCCUGAGGGCCGUUGGGACACGGCUUCUUAGGUACAGGAACGAGGCAGGACGUCUUCCACAGCACGGGGACCCUCUGGUGGUGAGGGCUCAGGCUGAAGACCAGACUCAGUACUCCCCACAGCUGGGGGGCACGGGCUUUAAGCACCCUGGGAAACACACCAUCGGGGCCUGCAGCUUUGCCGGAGUGGAGUCUCGUUAGCUGUCU